AUGACACCAGCUGAGCUCGUGAAUACUAAACAAGAGAAAGACGAAACCCUGAGAGCAUUUAUGCAGAGAUACAACGAAGCGGCCAGACGCGUAAAAGACGUGAAUCACACAUUCAUAAUAAACAAUUUGCCUUCGUGUUUAAGGCCAGGGUAUUUCGUUGAACAAUUGUAUGUCGAUCCUCCAAAAUCAAUGGAAGAACUCCAAGAAACAAUCGCGAAGUUCGUACGCAUCAAGGACCUCAGAAUUUCCAGAAAAAGGCAACAAGAAAAUCCUAACAACGGUACCAGGAAAGAAACGAAGCGAUCAUCCAACGACUAUAAAGGUGACAGGCCCCCUCGAAAAGAAUCAGGGUGGAUACCCAAGUAUGAUCGUUAUACUGCUCUUAAUGCACCUAGGGCAAAGGUACAUGAAGAGGCUCUACACGCAGAACUCCUCACCGUGCGAAGAAAAUCUUCUCCAAAGAAUGCUGAUGAAAGUAAAGCCUGCCGUCUUCACCUAAACCAUGGUCAUGACACCGAAGAGUGCAACAUAGUAAAAGAUGACAUAGAAAGACUCAUCCGUGCAAGGUACCUCCAAAAAUACGUAAAGGAGGAAACUUCCAAAGCACCGAUCCCUAUGAGGAAGGAAAUGUCGUGGAGAAGUCCCGAACGACCGUUCCGCAGAGACGACAGACAAAGACGACGUUCCAGGAGCCAUUCUCGGAACCCAGAACGAGAGGGGUCAGUCCGAAGACGAAUUGACACCAUAUCCGGAGGCUUCGUAGGAGGAGGAGCAUCGACGUCUACCCGGAAAAGACAUUUGAGAAAUUUAAACACAAUACACAUGGUAGACCGACAACGUCAAUCUAUGCCCAACAUUACGUUUACGGAUGCUGAUUUCCAUGCUCUUGAUCCUAAUCAUGAUGAUCCCAUGGUCAUCACUGCCGAUAUAGCCCGAUACGAGGUCAGAAAAGUGCUCAUCGAUCAAGGCAAUUCAGUCAAUAUCUUAUACUGGAAUACAUUCCUGAAAAUGGAUAUGUCUGAGGAUCUGAUAGCCCCUUUCAACGAGCAGAUUGUAGGCUUCCCAGGAGAAAGAGUAGACACUCGGGGAUACCUUGACCUAAGGACUCGACUUGGAACAGGCAGAGAAGCAAGAGAGCUAAGAGUUAGUUUCCUACUAGUAGAGGCAAAUACUUCGUAUAACGCCUUACUAGGACGACCUUGCUUGAACGCGUUUGGGGCCAUCGUCUCCACCCCUCACCUAGCUAUGAAAUUCCCCACAAAGAGAGGCACUAUUUGUACGGUAAGGGUCGAUCAGCGAACAGCUCGGCAAUGUUAUGUUGCCGGUUUAAAGGUCACUCCUUUCAUACCACCAAGAAAGGCUAGAGGGGCGGAAACAGCAGCGAUCGACUUGGAUCCCAGAACCAACAUAGACGAACGUCUCCAUCCACAGGGUGACAUCAAAACAUUCACGCUGGGAGUAGAGACAUGUAUACUUCUUCAUCUAGAUCCCCAUGUAAAAAAGCAUUAUUUACAUCUAGUUGAUGUAAAUGCCAAUGUUUAG